GUGUUGUUUUAAAGGAAGGUUUUCCAGACAUGGUGAAAUCUCCUUGCUGUGAGAGAAUAGGAUUAAAGAAGGGGACAUGGACGCUUGAAGAAGAUCAGAAGCUCAUAGCUUACAUCAAGAGAUACGGACAUUGGAACUGGCUUCAGCUCCCAAAAUAUGCAGGUCUCUCAAGGUGCGGGAAGAGUUGUAGACUUCGAUGGAUGAAUUACCUUCGACCGGACAUUAAACGAGGGAAUUACAGCAGAGAAGAAGAAGAAGCCAUCAUCAACUUACAUGAAAAGCUUGGGAACAAAUGGACAGCUAUCGCAGCGAGAUUGCCGGGAAGAACGGACAACGAAAUAAAAAACCACUGGCACACCCACCUAAAGAAACGGGUGGGACAAAACCAAAUGGAGGCAAAAAUUCACCCAGUGGAAUUAUCCUACUGUGAAGCCAACCAGAAGGCAGCUGAAUUAGAAGCCAAUUAUGCCUCGAUCCACAAGAGUCCAAAACGUCCAAAGCUAGAAACCUGCUCUAGCAAUGAUCGAGUUUCUCCAAAAGAGUCUUGCGAGUACGAUUCCGGCCGCAAUUCCAAUUUUUCAUUGGGAAUUGGCAAGAACACGUCGAAAGAAGAGAGUGUUGGUUCGCCAAAAGCAGUUGCAGAACUUGAACUUGAUGGGAGCUUUUGGGCCAAACAAUUUUCAAUGGCAGAGUCGUUCUAUCAAGAGAGUUUUGGUACGUUUUUUGCUGGUGAUGGGUUCAUGUUACCAGUUUCUCCAGUGUCCUUGGAAGAAAUUGUAUAUUCAUAUGGUUCGAAUAGAGAUGAUAGGGUAGAGUUUGAGUUCAAUCUUGACGAAGAAUGCUUAGUUGGGCUAAGCUAGAUGGCCUAAAUAAUAUAUAGGUCCAUCCACAUUAAUUUAUGCUGUUGGUAGUUUGCAACAAUGUAGCAAUGAAAAAUAUGAAAAACCAAAAAAG